UUUUCAUACCAGCGGUUAACGUCUAUUCGUCCAACGAUGGCAGCCCAGCUCCUGUUGACGGCGUUGUGCGUAGCGUUUGUGGCGUUAAAUGGCAUCGAAGGUGCUACCGAAGCAAAGUACAAGUAUGUGGCUAUUCUGCAACCGUCCACGUUUUUCGAAGCCUGGCAAGACUGCAACAUUAAGGGAGGCCAUCUGGCCUCGAUUGAAUCGCCCCAGGAACAGGCGCGGGUCGAGAAAGCCAUGGCCAAGGCGCGAGAUCCGCGGGCCGUAUUCUUUUUCGGCGGCACGGACCUGGGCCGCAAGGGCCGCUGGAUGUGGAUCCAUUCGAACAAGCCGAUCGGCAACGGUGGCUACACGAACUUCUUCCCCGGGCAGCCCGACAAUGGUGGUGGCUCGCAGGACUGCUUGACCGUGGGCGUCGCGGACGGCUACAACCGUGGCAAAUGGGACGAUCAAAAUUGUCUGUACAGGUUGGAUGGAUACAUAUGUGCGUUCAAGUCCACUAGUUCGAUUGCAUCUUAGCAGGAUCGGUUUACUCAUGACGGGAGAUUUUAAUCAAUAGCAAUGAAAUGUGAUACGCAUAAAUAUGUUGCUGUUGUGUGUACGUUUAUUUGUUUCCAUAUUCGAAUAGGAUUCAGCAGGACGCCUAUUUAAAAUACGAUGAGUCCUAACUGCUCACUAAACUGCGUAUAGUUAUCAUGAUCAUCAGCAUAAUCGUAACCGGAAGAGAGCAGUCAUUCCGGGAAAAUAGCGGGUAGAAACAAAUUAUUCGAUUCAUCCAACAG